AUGCCGACGUCGAACCUCCACACGUACUACAAACGCAGCGUCAUUACCAAGUACUCAAGUGUAGUGAAGCCAUCGCUGACUGACGCAGUGUGCCGACUCAACUGGGCCAUCGAUCAAGUUCACGACAUCGACGGCGAGAAGUUCAUCGACGCCAUGUACGACACGGUCCAUGUGGACGAGAAGUGGUUCUUCAUGACAAGACUGCAAAGGAAGGUCAUUGGUGCCUCUGGCGAGAAGAUCAAGCAGCGAACAUGUAAGUCCAAGCGGCAUCUGCUGAAAGUCAUGUUCCUGUCUGCCGUGGCUCGACCGCGCUGGGACAAUAGCAAGGAAGAAUGGUUCGAUGGAAGAUCGCGUCGCAGUUGUCGGCGUGAUGCCGGAACCCCUGUGGUGAAGACUGUGAACGUGACCAGGCCGACGUUCAAGGCAAUGCUGAUCGACAAUGUGAUCCCAACGAUUCGGUCGAAGUGGCCAAGCGGCGAGUCAAGGGCCAUCAAGAUUCAGCAAGACAACGCUCGACCCCAUAUGCCUCCAAGCGAUGUGGACAUCGUUGCUGCGUGUAAGGUGGAGGGGUGGGACAUGCAAGUCGUCUUCCAACCACCCCACUCACCCGACCUGAAUGUUCUCGACCUUGGUUUCUUUUGGGCCAUUCAGACGCUGCUAGUUGAGAAGCAUUCGAGCAGUUUUGAGGAGAUUGUUGCGGCAACCGAGGAGGUGUGGACCCGUGUCAGUCCGCUCACUCUGAACAAGAACUUUGUCACUCUGCAGAGUUUAACAGCCAGGCAUUCACUCGUUCUUCGGGGACCUGAACAUGCUCAAAUUGACGACGACGACUACAUGCAGUUUUCCCUUUUCGACGACGCGGCGUCAGUGCUCUUGAAGGGCUACUCCACCCCGUCGACGUUGUUGCUCAGUCAAUCCGCGACUCGCCGUCAUCGACAUCACGCUCGUCCCCCCGUCCCAUUUGCGCUUAUGGACACGGUGCGGCAGUUUCGCACGGCCGUGUGGUCCACGGCCCAGUACAAUAUGACCGAAAUGGCCCCUACCACGUUGGACCCCACGCCGUCGUCGUGGCAACGCCUUCCUCAAACAUUAUACUAUGGAGGAAGUCCCAUUUGCCCGUUUGGGAAACCGAAACGAUUGCCAGGCCUCGUUCGGAUAUUACGAUGA